GCUUUCCUUGUGAUUUCUCUCCGUCCGGUAUUGUUGUUGACUUGAGCUCUGGAUAAUCCACCGUCUUCUUGAAGUGUAUCUGUGAGGCAGCAAUGGCGGGAGGAGGAUUUGCAGAAGCUGGCCCACUCAAAAGGGCUCAUCUCUAUGAGCACAAGUUCACUCUUUAUUUCGCCUUUUCUUGCCUCGUCGGAGCUCUCGGUGGUUCUCUCUUCGGCUAUGAUCUUGGUGUUUCAGGUGGAGUAACCUCCAUGGAUGAUUUCCUCAAGAAAUUCUUCCCAGAUGUGUACAGAAGAAAGCAAAUGCAUCUGAAAGAGACAGAUUACUGUAAAUAUGACAACCAGUUGCUGACUCUUUUCACAUCAUCUCUAUACUUCUCUGCACUUGUGAUAACAUUUGCAGCUUCACAUUUAACAAGAAAGAAAGGGAGAAAAGCCAGUAUUAUAGUUGGAUCUCUCAGCUUCCUUGCCGGAGCAAUCCUCAAUGCUGCUGCUGAGAACAUUGCUAUGCUAAUAAUUGGUCGUGUACUUCUCGGUGCAGGCAUUGGAUUUGGCAACCAAGCUGUUCCCCUGUAUCUAUCAGAAAUGGCUCCGGCAAACAUCCGAGGGGCAGUGAAUCAACUGUUUCAAUUCACAACCUGCAUGGGAAUAUUGGUUGCGAACCUGGUGAAUUAUUUCACUGACAAAAUCCAUCCCAAUGGAUGGAGAAUAUCCCUUGGUUUGGCUGGGGUUCCAGCAAUUCUAAUGCUUAUUGGAGGCCUUUUAUGUCCUGAGACACCCAAUAGUCUUGUGGAACAAGGUAAAAUAGAAGAAGCAAAAGUCGUAUUAGAGAGAAUUAGAGGUACCAAGAAUAUUGAAGCUGAGUUUCUCGAUCUAAUUGAUGCGAGCAAGGAAGCACAAGCAAUUAAAAAUCCAUUCAGGAACCUGCUGAGGAGCAAGUACAGACCCCAGUUAGUAAUAGGCGCCCUGGGGAUUCCCGCAUUCCAGCAGCUAACUGGCAAUAACUCCAUUCUCUUCUAUGCUCCGGUCAUCUUCCAGAGUUUAGGCUUUGGUUCUAACGCAUCUCUGUAUUCUUCUCUUAUUACCAGUGGCGCACUGGUUGCUGCUACUCUGAUAUCAAUGGCUUUAGUUGAUAAGUUUGGCAGACGAGCUUUCUUUUUGGAAGCUGGCCUUGAAAUGAUAUGCUCCAUGGUUGCUGUGGCUGUGGUCUUGGCUCGUGAGUUUGGACAUGGGAAAGAACUGUCAAAGGGCAUCAGUAUCUUUCUUGUGAUUUUGAUUUUCAUAUUCGUCUUGGCAUAUGGACGAUCUUGGGGUCCCCUGGGGUGGUUGGUUCCAAGUGAACUCUUCCCGUUAGAGAUAAGAUCAGCUGCACAGAGUAUUGUGGUUUGUGUGAACAUGAUUUUCACAGCUCUUGUAGCACAACUCUUUCUCUUGUCCCUUUGCCAUCUCAGAUACGGGAUCUUCUUGCUGUUCGCCGGCUUGAUUGUCGUCAUGAGUUGCUUUGUCUUCUUCCUUUUGCCAGAAACAAAGAAAGUUCCCAUAGAGGAGAUUUAUCUUCUAUUUGAAAAUCACUGGUUUUGGAAGAACAUAGUCAGACAAAGCAACUGAGGGAAAUAAACCGAAAAGGCCGCUAAUAGAUCAGAUCUUAUUGACAAGACAAAUUCAAGUUUAGAUUAUUGUUUUAAAGUGUUUUAUGUCUGUAUCAAGGAAAAAGUAAUUGCCAAGCAUAAGCAUAAUAUUUGUCUCAAAAGUUUUGUCUGUUUCGACUUUUAUCUCCAUUGAAUUUCUCUUUUAUUGAUCA